AUGAGCUACUUGGGCAGCAUGGCGCUCACAAUGGACCCGGAAAUCUUCGGCCAGGCCAGUUGCGCGAGCGCGGUCGAGUUUGUGAACGGCCCAGUGGCUUUAGGGAGUAUGAUCGGCUGGGCGAUCGCAGAGGUGUCGCCCGCCGCCUUCGCUUGCAAGUGGUACGUCGGCCGCGCGCGGCCCGAGGAGGUUGCGUACAACCUCAGCCAGGGGGGGUUGAGCCAGGCCCCGGCCAACGUCAGGGCGAUGGUGGACGGCAUGGGCUUGACCGCGCGCGAGUCUUUCACCGCUUAUUCAGAAGGGUGCCCCGUGCACCCAGCUUGGCCGGCUAUGCAUUCGGCGGCCUCCUCUCUGUCGACUUGGCUUGACGUCGUGGCCCUCCUGACCCCAGCGCAGCGCAAUGAGGUGCGACUCCUGGAUUACUCUGUUGCUAACUUCCGCACGUUCGCAGGCGUUCACUACGAUUCUGACAACCGUGCCGGCCUGGCACUCGGCCAGAAGAUCGUGAGGGAGAAGUUGCCGGACUACCUCUCGGAGAAGUACGGCUGCGACGCCGCCAGCAAGGCCGCGAUCAGGUCGCACGUGCAGACCAAGAUCGCGUCGCUGGAGGUUCUGGAUUGGGCAACUUGGACGCCUGAUCAUUGGAUUCGCCCCUCCGCGUACUACUCCUCACUCCGACGCCGACAAGCGGAUCGCGUGCUGCCCAAGAGCCAGAGCGGAGCAUCCCUGUCUUCCACAGAUACGACUGCGGCUAUCGUGAAGCCGUCUGUGGCGCUGUGGGCCGGAGGAUCCCACGGCAGCCCGCGAGCCGCCCAACAGAAGGCGCUGGCGGGCAACGACGGGUGCACCGAGUAUCGUUUUAGAAAAGCUGUGGAGCCUCCGACAGCUUGA